AUGUCUAGUGCAUGUAUUGACGAUGUCGUACUGGCUUCGUAUUUCAGUGACAACUAUAUGUUCAGUUUCUGCUAUACGAUCAACACUUUAUGGUCUCAGCCGAAAAAGAAAAUUAUGAAAAUAAAGAAAUCUGAGAGAAUUGAGUUAGAAUUCUAUGUGGAUAUUUCUGACAGAGAUAAGAACGCUGAACCAGAUAAAAUACAAUAUCCCAAAUAUGUUUACCCCAGCUCCUCCUCAAUACAGUUGGCAAUUCAUUCACCGUACGUUACAGGCAGUCCAUAUUCUUCUGGUAUGGGAUUUCUUGGUGGGAAGCGGUACCAAAUCAAACUCAAACAGGAAGAAAAGCAUCUUUUACCACCGCCUUAUCAAACUAAUUGUACAGACUAUGUAUCUCCCUGGUUAGCAAGAAAUGGAACAGGAUCUCUAAACCAAAUAAUGGUGAUUGAGGAAUGCAAGUACAAUCUUUCUCUGGCUGAAAUGGGUUGUGUUCCUUUCACAGUUGAUUAUCCCCAUAAUACCACAGUUUGCAGGCAUUGCGAAGGCUGCCAGA